GUAGCAACCAGUAUGGAAUAUCUGAGAAAUCUUUUUGAAGUGACGAAAGAUGAACUCACAUGUCCCGAGGAUGCUCUGGUACUCUACAUGCAUUGCGUUGCCCUAUCCAUGAACAUGCGUCUAGUGGGUAUCGGAGCGGAAUGGUCUUCCCAAUGCGAACAGAUAGAAUCGGGUCGUUUGCCAGAAGGUUGGAAUUCGAAUCGAUCACAUUAUCGCAUAAGAUACGUGGACAAAUAUGAGGAUCGAUACCUGCUGCACGUGUCGAAUAACGAAAGCUGCAAAUAUCUGUUUGUCUCUUGGACCGAUCCAGAUACAGAAAAUAUCAACGUUAAUACCUUUGUAACAGAAGAAUAUGCAGGAGAUUGUUGGAAAGAAUAUUUGUUAGCUUACAACGAAAAUAUGAGAAGUUUCGAAGAAAAGAUGAGAAACGUGAUAAGAACUGGAGUCCGUAAUAAAAGGGAUAAAGAUUAUGCUAAAGAACAGGCAGAAAGAGCCGCUGCAACUACACCAAAGAAGAAGAAGAUGGUUCUCAAAGAAAUCUUUCCUAAUGAGUGAUUAAUAUUAAUUAGUUUCAUCUUCUAAACUUUUUUCUGUACAAUACUAUCAAAAUUUAUAAUAAACAAUAAUCAGUUAUGCUUGUAA